AUGGGCAUUAUGACAGAGGGUUUCGAAGUGUGGACCAUCGAAGAGGAUGAUAUUUUAAGGGCUGCAGUUAUGAGACAUGGCACAAAGGAAUGGCGCCUCAUCUCUUCCCUCUUGACCCAAAUCUGUGAAACAGUGAGCACGCUGACUGUAUGGACCCCUGAAGAAGAUGAAAAUCUACUCCGUCUUGCAAGACUCUGUCCGUUUCAGUGGAGGAUAAUUGCUUCAAUCUUGGGCCAUACUGCGUUGCAGACUCUUAAACACUAUGAGGAACUUCUUGCUCUUAAAUCAGAUCACCUAGGGGAUAUUGGUGAAGAUAAGAAGGGGAUGCUUUCGGAAGCUGGAGCAGGACAGAAUGAUCUUAAUCUGGAAUCAGAGACUCUUAUGUAUUUUUUGGAAUUUAUGGGAUUAGAAGGAAAUCUUUCGAUUGGUCUGCCGGCAGUUCUUGGAUAUAUGUACAACCGCUUUUUCCUGAGAAAGACGCUGGUUCAGAAAUUAUUCCAGAUCGACAUAAUGAAAGCUAGAAUAUUUCAGGCCUUGACAUUAACAUGGGCUAUUGGAGAUAGGAAGGCUAUGGACGAAGUUGAAGAUCAAAAUGCAUCAAUUGUCAGUAACUCGUCCCAUUUUGAGCCUACUAUUUCAGAUCAGACACAGAACACUGACAGAGCUAAGCUAUCCACCGGUUUAAUGUGCAUGGCUGAGAUGCUGGAAGCCAUGGCAAUGCAGGGACAAGCUAAUAAAUCAUCUGACCUCCAGAAUAAUCCAUGUGCCUUUGAUCUUACUUCACUAAGAGCUAUGGCUGAUACAUCAAGUGUAGGAGAGAAAGAGUUACAUUUACCAGGUGCGCUUUACUCUUCUGGGACGCUAGAGAGGCUUAAUUUAUAUGGUCAUUUUCUGAUUAAAACUCCUCCUGCUGUUUAUCUUCCGAAGGUUUUGUGUUUGGAAUUGAGAUUUGUUAGAUUUGGAACGAAUGAGUGUAUUCCGAAGCUCAUAUAUUGUUCUCCAGCUCUUGAAAUUCUCAUAAUUGAAAAGGAUCAUUUCGCCCAUAACAAGUUGAUUGGUUGUAAUAUUGUUUCUCCUUCUCUGAAAACUCUUCACGUCGAUUUUCAUAAUGAAUGUAAAUGUGAUGAGGGUCAUUUCAAGCUGGAAAUUCAUACCCCUGCACUUGAAUUUCUCGUUUUGAAACAUGGUUGGCCCAGCCAAAUUUACUUGCGAGAUCUAUCAUCUUUGAAUGAACUUGAUUUUGAUGUUGUCAAGUUGAAUGAACUUGAUUUUUAUGUUGUCGAGUUUGAUGAUGCGGAUAUGGUUGUUGAGAUGAUUCAAGGUUUUAAUCGUGUGAAGUCUAUGAAAUUGUCAGAGGGCACCAUGCGUACUCUUAGUUUGGCGACCCUGCAAGUUUCUACUACUUUUGAGAGUCUAGUCAAAUUGGAUAUCGAAUUGGACGAUGAAUGUGAAUUGACCCUUCUGAUGAAUUUGAUUAAUUGUUGUGUUAAUCUUGAAGUCCUAGAGAUAAGUACUCGUUCCAUUGCUCCUUGGAAGGAUCCUAUUAGCAUUCCCAGAUGCUUUUUCUCCAGUCUCACUCGAGUUUCAUUCAAGGAAUUCAGUGGCUGUCAGGAUGACAUGGCCAUGUUGGAGUUUAUUUUGAAUCAUGCUUUAGUACUGAAAAGAGUGGAUCUGCAUUCUACAUGGGAGUAUUUUGAUGAAUUUCCUGCUCUGAAGGAAAAGUAUUGUACACUCCAGAAGAUAUCCAUGUUCUCCAGAGCCUCUCCAACCUCUGCACUCUUCACUUGUGGUACACUAGAUGUUUUGAAAAUCAAUGGGUGUAUUCCUGUUUUCAAAGUUCCACAUGAUGUAAUUCGUCUUCCAAAACUUGUUGUUUUGGAGCUUAUAUGUGUUGGGUGUGUGACUACUGAGUUUCUUAGCAAGCUUAUCUCUGGUUGUCCCGUGUUCCAAUCUUUGUUAUUCAAAAGCGUGCAUUUUUGGGAUGGGCUGAUGGAUUUCAGAAUAUCUUCACCUUCUCUGAAAAUUCUCGACAUGUUCUUUGAGGCUUGUGAUGAGUGCGUAGAUGGAGCUGGAGACGAUGUUUUGAAGCUUGAAAUUGAUGCACCUGCACUUGAACGUCUCGUUUUAAGAUAUGCUAAUUCCAAGAAGGUUUGCUUACAACAGUUAGCAUAUCCGAAUGAAGUGGUUUUUGAUCUUAUUUCUCCUGGGAAUGAUGUUGAAGAUAUCCUCAACAUUACUAAUGAGAAGUAUGACUCCGAUGAUUGGGUGGAUCCUAUUGAUGUUCCCAGAUGCAUGUCAUCUAGUCUCACAAAAGUUUCAUUUACAGGGUUUGAAGGCUUUGAAGGGGAGAUGGCCAUGUUGAAGUUUAUACUAAAUCAUGGUUUAGUGUUGAAAAGGGUUGAUCUAUGCAUCGAUCCCCCUGGUGCAGACCGGGACAGUUAUUAUCGUGAAAGUUGUUCCGAGCAUCCACAACUAAAGUUGUCGGCCUCUUCUUGUCAAAUAAAAGAGAAAUCUGCGGCCUCUUCUAGUGUUGAAAGUUGA